UCCGGUGCGAGUUCGAAUGUUUACGUUCGCGUGUCGACCGGCAUCGCGCGCCCUCUCUCUCCGCAUCUCUCCGUCUCUCUCGGUUCCACCAUUUCAGUCCGAUAUUAUGUUGUUAUUGUGCCGAUAGGUUUUCUUUUUUAUGUCUCUGUGCGUAAUUCCUGUGACCUCUUAAACGGGUGUUUAUUGGGACCACGACAUAUACACGCAUAUACCAUCGCGUUCAGUGGAUUAUUCGAGCCAGGAUCGUGGAACAACGUUUUGAAACGGACUGAUUCUCUGACGAGUAUUGUUGAUUAUUGAGCUCGUUGAUCGACCUGCCUUCUUCGUUUCUUCCGUUACUGGGAUUAUUCCGACGUGCAAUUAUUUAGCGUUGUUAAACACAAUAAUAUAUAUAGUUUAGUGAUAAUAUAAUAAUUAUACAUUAAUAACAAAAAUAUUUACCGCACAUAAUAAAUAUUAGAAAUAAAUUUAAUUAAAUUUAAGAAACGAUGCCCUAUUGAGCAUUGAGUGAGAUUAUCGAGUGAAAUAAUUUGUAGUGACUUUUUUAUCUGAAGCUUUACCAGGUACAAUAUUUUGGAACGAAGUGUGGAGGAAUUAAUUUUACAAAAUUCGGUGGCUACAUACUAUUCUUGAUUAGGAUUCUUAAUCUACAAAGAUUCUAAAUAAUUGUGGGACAAUCACUCCAAGGCAACGCACUAUUAAAGGCUACCAGAUCGUAACGACACUGCCCCACCGCCGCAACCACCAUCCGAACCCGCAUCAAUCCCGGCCCGACGACGCCACUGAGAUGCGGCCGCCCGCCGCCCGGUAACCGACGCGCGCGCCUCUGCCGCCGCCCAUGACCGCCGUGCACCGCGUCGUCAUCGCCGCCGCCUCCGGCAUGGACGUCGAACGCGAGAUGGUCUACCACCGUCACCAGCAAGAGGCGGGCGCCGCCGCUGCCGCCUCCGCCGGAGCCCCAGUGGCGUCCGGCCAGGCGGUCGACGACGACGUGAUGCUGAUCAAGGCGGAGCCGACGAUGAUCGGACCGCAGGGGACAGUCGUCAUACAGCAGAACGGUCUAGUGUCGAUAGCCACCACUGCCGGCGCUACUUUCCUCCAACAACAACCACAAUCCCAACAACAAUCCCAGGCGGCCAACGGAGGCCUGUCUUCCUCGAACGGCGGCGGCCCCUUCAGCGGUCUGGGCGCGGGCUCGCCAGCCGCCUCAAAGCCGCCGCCACCGCGCCGCUCCACCGCCGCGGAUGACUGGCUCAGCUCGCCAAGUCCCAGCGGCGGCGCGUCCUCGCUGACGCCGUCGCCGGGGCCGCCCUCACAGCACGCCUUCACAGUGAUCAGCAACGGGUACGGGUCGCCCUUGUCCAGCGGGAGCUACGAACCCUACAGUCCCAACGGAAAAAUAGGAAGAGAAGACUUAUCACCACCUAGCAGCCUGAACGGGUACAGUGCGGACAGCUGCGAUGCCAAGAAGAAAAAAGGGCCCACUCCGCGGCAGCAGGAGGAACUGUGUCUGGUUUGCGGCGACAGGGCAUCGGGGUACCACUAUAACGCGCUCACAUGUGAAGGUUGCAAAGGAUUCUUCCGACGGAGCAUCACGAAAAACGCAGUGUACCAGUGCAAGUACGGCAACAAUUGCGACAUUGACAUGUACAUGCGACGGAAGUGUCAGGAGUGUCGACUGAAGAAGUGCCUGACGGUGGGUAUGCGACCGGAAUGCGUAGUACCAGAAGUCCAGUGCGCGGUCAAGAGGAAAGAGAAAAAGGCGCUCAAGGAGAAGGACAAGCCGAACAGUACGACCAACGGAUCGCCACCCAGUGUUAUUAAGUCAGAACCAGAGGCAUGUUCCAGUGAAGUAAUGAUGUUCAGGAUGGCCAGGAGAUACGACUAUCGAACCGAUUCCAUUCUGUUCUCAAAUAACCAGCCCUACUCCAGGGACAGUUACAAUCUCGCAGGAAUGGGAGAUACCAUCGAAGAUCUCUUGCAUUUUUGCAGGACGAUGUACUCGAUGAAAAUUGACAAUGCCGAAUACGCUUUAUUAACAGCCAUUGUCAUAUUUUCAGAACGACCAUCGUUAAUGGAGGGCUGGAAGGUGGAGAAGAUCCAGGAGAUCUACCUGGAGGCCUUGAGGGCGUACGUGGACAACCGGCGAAAGCCGCGCGCGCACGUCAUCUUCGCGAAACUCGUCUCGGUCCUGACCGAGCUGCGGACGCUCGGCAACCAGAACUCCGAAAUGUGUUUCUCGUUGAAGCUGAAAAACAAAAAGUUGCCGCCCUUCCUCGCCGAGAUAUGGGACGUGGACGUGAAGACAUAGUGGAGGGAAAGGAGGCACCGGACCGGGCGAAGUACCGGCGCGGGUGGUGUUCCGUCUGUUCGCUGCUGCGUGGCGUUCUGCGCGAGAAAGUACGGCGGGCACCACCACCAGUUGGCUGUGAAAUAUUGUAAAAUUAUACGUUUUUUUUUAAUAAUAAUAAUAAUACUAUAUUGACUAACUAAAGUUGGACGGCAUCUAGACGAAACGUUGUUGCAUUGAGCGUAUAUACAGAGUGGUCCGAACUGUAUUCCGGAAACUUUAUAAAAAUAAGUAAAAAUCUUCGUACAAAUGUAUGUCCUA